AUGACUGUUGGUGGUACCAAAAUCCUCUUAUCAUACUUCAAUAUAGAUAGAAAGCAAGUUCUUGAAUCAUCUGAUUUGUGCAAAUGUUUGUUUUCUCAGACUGGUGAUCUUGUUCUGUACUUUUUGUGGCGUUUGAUGCACAUUCUUGUGAGCGUAUGGUACAUUGUUUUGGAUAGGGACGAGAAACUUGAGCGCGGUCUCAUGUCAUUAGGAGUGAAAAAUCACUAUAGUCCAAUUGAUGUUGGCAAAAUCCGGAAUCUAGCUAUUGUAAUGGAACCCAAAUACGGUUAUGAGCUUAUGAAUGUUGUUGAACUUAUCCAAUGGCUAAGAACCAUCGGAGUGAAGCAUGCUUAUCUUUUUGACUCAGAAGGUUCAGUGAUGCAUUUGAAAGUCUCCGGUUAUCACAUUGUAUGA